GCGGGAGGGCUGUCCCCUGCUCCCCCCACUCCCCCGUCCCCUCCAUGGGCAGGGCCCGGCCAGGGUAUAAAUAGGUCAGGCGCUGGGCUCUCCGCACGCUUCCUGUCUCCCCGGCCUCCCUCCUCGGCGCUUCCUCUGUGUCUCGGCCUGAUCCCGACUGUCGCCAUGGCAUACCCGCUGGAAAAGGCUCUGGACGUGAUGGUGUCCACCUUCCACAAGUACUCUGGCAAGGAGGGCGACAAGUUCAAGCUCAACAAGUCGGAGCUAAAGGACCUGUUGACCCGGGAGCUGCCCAGCUUCCUGGGGAAAAGGACGGACGAAGCCGCCUUCCAGAAGCUGAUGAGCAACCUGGACAGCAACAGGGACAACGAGGUGGACUUCCAGGAGUACUGCAUCUUCCUGUCCUGCAUCGCCAUGAUGUGCAACGAGUUCUUCGAGGGUUUCCCCGACAAGCAGCCCCGGAAGAAGUGAGGGCCCCCCACGUGUGUGGUGGGGGGGCCGCCGGGGUCUUCCCCGUGGGCGGCGGGCACGGAGCCUCGCUCUGGCUCCUCCAGACGUGCACGAUGCUGAGCAAGUCCAAUAAAGAUGUUUGGGCGUCUUGAG